AACACUAAAAAAUAUUCCAUAAUGGCGUUUAAAGUAACCUGUUUACCCUCUUUGUCGCUCUUAUUCUUCCUUUUCUUCUUCUCUCGUACCAUGGGUAAUAUUGGUAAUCCCACCAAAUUAUCCUCCAUUGAGUCCAUCAAACAACUCAAAGGUUGUUGUGAUAAGGGUAGYAAAGCACAAGGCCUCCAUCAACUUAAACUAUACCUUGCCCGUUUCGGUUACCUAAAUUACCAACAUACCCCUGAACACACCAACGCCGAAGACGACAAAUUCGAUGAUGAACUGGAGGCUGCCCUGAAAAGUUACCAAAAAUAUUACCGUCUAAAUGCAACAGGGACACUAGAUGAGGCCACAGUUUCACAAAUGAUUGUUCCUCGUUGUGGAGUACCAGAUAAAGAAAUUCACCACCAUGGAUCGAAAUCGUUACCUACUGUUUCUUUUUAUCGAUUCUUCCCAAAUAACCCUCGAUGGCCCCCCAGUAAAACCCAACUCACCUACGCGUUCGCAUCCGACUAUCCAAACAAUCAUGUACCUCCAGUUGUUCGUGCCUUCAGCCAAUGGUCGACUGCUAUCAGUUACUUUACAUUUUCGCGAGUCAAUGAUUUUAGGAAUGCAGAUUUGAAGGUGAGUUUUAAAAGAGGAAAUCAUGGAGAUGGGUAUGAUUUUGAUGGGGCUGGUGGUGUAUUGGCGCAUGCUUUUGCGCCAACUGAUGGAAGGGUUGAUUAUGAUGCAGAUGAGAAAUGGUCAGAUGGACCAGGAGCGGUUCCGAAUGCUAUGGAUUUUGAGACGGUAGCGGUUCAUGAAAUCGGGCAUCUGCUUGGGUUGGGGCAUAGUGAUGAUCCGAAUGCCUCAAUGUUUCCUACCGUCUCUUUUGGAGUUCAAAAGGGUUUGAAUUCAGAUGAUAUCCAAGGCAUCAAAGUUCUUUAUGGACUUAAUUAAUUWUAUAUGUGGUCGUUAUGUAUGUAUGCAUGCAUGCCUCUAUGUUGUGAGUCUUUGAUCAUGACAAUAUGUACAAAAAGGGUAAAUGGAAUAAAAAUGUAAUCUUUAAUAUGA